AUGUUGCUCAGAACUGUAGAAACUCAAGAUGCUGACAACGCCACUCUAGGAAAGUCAUUCUUGAGGGAGUCGAGGCGGAUGACAGAGGAGCCUCGUCCACUGAACUCUGCCAGUUCUCCUUUCCUGCUGAUCGACCCUGCCGUUCUCCGUACUCUUACGACCUCGAAGAGCACCACAGAUAUUCGCCACUCAUCAGACUACAGUCCCGCACAGAAUGGGACUCAAACCGACCAGGAUGAGACAGAUGAGGAAAACCGGAAGAACGCCAUGAAGGAACUUAUGAAGUCGUGGAUGGAUCGGCUGCAGCUGAUCAGUGUCAUCACUACCUUCUUUGCCGCGACAGAGACGCAGUUACUGGUCAUCACUACGCCGGCUGAGGAUAAUACACCCGAAUCGCGAGUUCGGUCCACCGCAAAUGCGAUUUUAGCUGGCGCUCUUGUGAUCCAUUUGUGUGCAGUGCGCUACCGCCUCAAAGAGGCAGCCAAGGAAGAGAUCAAGAUCGAGACCGGCAUCACGCCUACAUCGUCCAAAUCGGCGCUCAAGACUGGCAUCUGGACGGCGAAUCCACAUCUGGAGGAGAUGGGUCCGUUCCGUCGCGGAGGGCCGCCGACGCGCCUGCUGGAGCACCUGCAUACGUUGUGCAUGUGGCUGGCUCUCGUGGGCUUUGCGCUUGCAUUGGCGGGGGCACUGUGCUACACGUGGGCACGUCUGUCUCGGAGCGCGAGCAUCUUCGCCAGUGUGUGUAUGGCGGUGUCCUGGCUAGCGGCUCUAGGGGCGGUUUUCAUUGCGCUCUGA